AUGAGAAACGACUAUGCUGACUUAAAGAAAGAAGUAGAGAAACCAGCAGAAGAUAAAAUGGACAUGUUAGCAUUUCUGAACAAAAACUAUCCAACAGCUGACGAUUUCCUUCUAUCUGACGUCAAGAAGAAGUAUAAAGAAACUUUCGGCAUUGUUAAAACUUUUGACAUACUGACAGAAGAAAUAGAAGCUACGAAAUUGUUUAGAAUUUCAAAUAUACAUCGUACAAUUCAUGUAAAACGCUUAUAA